GCAGAGUGGUCCCUGGAGCCCCGGCAGGUCCUGGAGGGUGAGGAGCAGCUGUCAUGAUCUCUACAGCACCUCUGUACAGCGGGGUGCACAACUGGACCAGCACAGAGCGGAUUCGCAUGUGUGGCCUCAACGAGGAGAGGAGAGCCCCCAUUUCUGAUGAGGAGUCAAAAACGAGCAGCUCCCAGCACUUGGGGUCUCAAGAGUUUUGUGUCAGCAGCAGCCUUUCCGAGGUGGAGCUCACGGCAGUCAGCGGUGGUGGCAGCAGUGCCCAGGGGCUGGAUGCUGAUGGCAAGGUGGAGGAAAAGCUUGGACCCAAACUGGAGGAGCAGCCACCCGAUCCCAACCCAAACCUGGAGUGUGUGGGAAAGACUGUGACAGAUGACACCCUGGGCCCUCUGGCAGUUCAGGGGGAUGGCAGAGGGCAGGAGCCAGCGACCCCCAGAGCAGUGGAGCAGGAGAGCAGCGGUGCUGAUGCUGCCUGGACACCAGCAGACCCUCCCAGCGACAAGCAGGCUGAUGCUGCCCCAGCCUGCUCCGUGGCUCCACAGAGUGAGGCUGGGAACGAGAAGGCCCCCCCGAGCACUGCAGCACAAGGGCCAGGCGUGCUGGCAGAAGGGACAUUGUCUGUGGUUGUCUCCAGCUGCAACACCUCUGCCUCCACUCCCGCCACCUUCACACUGAACAGGGUUUGCUUUCCCGCCUCUCAGGCCCCUGCUAUGCAAAAGCUGCCCCUGUCCUUCCAGGCUGGGGCUGUGCUGAGCCCGAGCCAGUCGCUGGUGUACAUCCCCCCGCCCAGCUGCGGGCAGCCGCUCAGCGUGGCCACGCUCCCGGCCACCCUGGGGGUCUCCUCCACGCUCACCCUCCCCGUCCUGCCUUCCUACCUGCACGAGCGUUGCCUACCGGGCAUCAUCGCGUCCCCGGAGCUGCGUUCCUACCCCUACACCUUCUCUGUCACCAGGCCCUUGGCUUCGGAUGCCAAAGUGGUGUCUGUGGAGGUGAAUCAGCUCAGCUGCCCCCCGCCCUCGGGCGGAAGCAGUGCCCAGGCUGCGGCUGAGAGCGCUCCCCUGCCCAGCACCGGCCUGGCCCUGCCCUCCAGCCAGGCUCUGCCGGCAGCGCCAGCCCCAGCUGCGAGCGCUGCUCCCUCCUCUGGCACCGCCGUGCAGCCCCGAGCCCCGGCAGCUCCCGAGCCACAUGCACCGGGGGCUGCCACUUCCCUGUCUCCCCUGAAGUCUCCUCCCCAGCUAGAGCGUGAGAUGGUCUCAUCCCCGGAGUGCAGUGAGAUGCCUCUUGAUCUCUCCUCCAAGUCCAACCGCCAGAAACUGCCUCCGCCCAGCCAGCGCAAGACCCCUCCCAUGCCCAUCCUCACCCCCGUGCACACCAGCGGCAAAGCGCUGCUCACCACCGUCCUCUCCAAGUCGCAGCGUGCGGCGCAGGCCACGGGCAGCAGCGUCACCUCGUGCCUCGGCACCACCCCGCCCUUGGUCAUCUUCCCCGAGUUCCUGCGCAACGGCGAGCAGGGCUCCUGGGUGAAGAACACCACGCUCAUCAGCACCAUCCCCGGCACUUAUGUCGGCGUGGCCAACCCGGUGCCGGCCUCGCUGCUGCUCAGCAAGGAUGCGGGCGUGAGCCUCAGCAGGGACCCGCGCCACCUGCCCAAGCAGGAGCCCAUCUCCAUCAUCGACCAGGGCGAGCCCCGCACCGCCGGCGUUCCCUGCGGGAAGAAAGCCAACCAGGUUGGCACGGAAGGACAGCAGGAUCCUGCCAGGAGACUUCUUCACGGCAGAGUUGCUCCAGGAGCGCCUUUGUGUCAGUCCAAGGACAUCGCCACCUGGAAUCCUGUCCAGGGAAGUGUGUACCCGCGAUGCCCCGUCAAUGGGAAACCUUCCAAUCCUCAACUCCUGCCUCUGGGCUGGUCUCCGUACCAUCAAACCCCGCUGCUCUCCAUCGGUAUCUCCACGGCAGGACAGCUGCCCCUGCCCCAGAGCAGCCCCUGCAAGCCGGCCGGGGCGGGCGAGCUGCCGGCGUUCCCGAGCGCGCAGCCCGCCGAGCCCAGCGCGGCCGCCCAGGGCCUGCCCGAGGGGCUGCCCCGGCUCCCGCCUCAGGAACUGGAUGCUGCGGCCAAGAGCAAGAGCUGCCGGGCCUUGCCCAAGCCCUGCGAGGAGCCGGCCAACCCAGCACCUCUGGAGGCAGGUCCAGCUCUCCAGACCAGCGCUCUGGAUGGGAAAGGGGGGAAGGGGAAGCUGGACAACGCUCCGAAGAGUCAGGAGUGCACUCAGCCAGAGGCUGACUCCGGUCAGGAGAGCAACGCACAGACUGAGGCUCCCCAGGGGAGCUGUAGCCUCAAACAGUUGGAUGCAAAACCCAAAAACCAAGUGUUAGCAGCGUAUUUGUCACACGAGCUGCCGGCGGCUGGGCAGCAGGGCCUGCGGAUGGUGCCCGAGGUGCCCGCGGAUGGGCAGCGCAAGGAGCCGGGCUGCGAGGGCUCCCAGGAGCCCCCGGCCACGGAGCCCCUCCCGUGUGUGCAGCAGGUGGAUCUGUGCAGGGUCAAGAAGGAGCGAGUGGAGUGUGAUGUGUCCUUCCCCUCGGUGACCUGCCUGCGGGCAGGGGCGGCUCCCCAGGCCUUCCCCGAGGCCAAGCUCAAAGGAACGGGGCAGAUCAAGCAGGAGGGUGGCACACGCUGCAAGGCCAAGCGGCAGCAUGACGGGGACACCAGGCAGAGCCACAAGAGACUGAAGUGCCAAGGCCAGGACAGCGAGGAGUCCCCAAGCAAGUCGGGAAGCCGGAGCGUGCAUGGCCGGAAGUGGCAAAAACACCACGACAAUCCACGUGAGCUUGGCAAGCAGGAAGGCCGGGAAGGCCGGGGCAGCCUGGGUGCCAUCACGGAUCACAACAGCCUCAGGGUAAAGCGCAAGCGUCGGAGGCCAGCGAAGACCGAGUGCCCAUCUCCGGCUCACCGUGGAGACAGCCACGAGGAAGGGUACUUGGAGAAGAAGCCCAAGAACAAUUUCCGGGAUUUCAUCCCGGUGGUGCUGAGCAGCCGGACACGCAGUCAGUCGGGAAGCAAUGCUGGCUCUUCUGCUGGUGUGACGGGAGAGUGUGAUGUGAGUGGUCAGGAGACUUCACCAUUGCUAGAGGAGGAUCAGGAAGAAGAGGAGGAGGAGGAAGAGGAGGAGGAAGAGGAGGAGGAGGAGGAGACAUCCUUGAAACAUCGCAAGCUGCGCAAAUCCCACAGGACAUCCCGCUGCCACAGCCGCAGGGACAGGGACAGGGACAGGUCUGUGUCUGAGAGGAGCAGCUGUCACACGAGGAGGACCCGGGAGCUGCCCUGGAGAGCAGAAUCACCCAGGCAGCUGUGGGAGCCCAACGAGGAGGAGGAGGAGGAGGAAGAGGGCCACAUCAAAAGGAAGAAAAGGAGACGGCAGAAAAGUCGGAAGUACCAGACAGGGGAAUACCUGACGGAGCGGGAGGAGGAACAAGUGGGAUAUCCCCACAGGAGGAGGAAAUCCAAAGCAGACUGCAGGCACCGGAAGCAGAAGGAGCCAGGGAAGGGCAAAGGCACAGAGCUGCAGCUGAGGAGCAGGCUAUCCCCAUCCCCCCGGAAAUCUCAAGGACGCACGGACUUUCGGAAUGGCUUCUUCCUGGAGCACUCCGACAGCUCUCCUGUCCAAGAAGAGCUGGAGAAACCAUCAGGAAAACGCAAAUGUAAAACCAAACACCUGUCAGGGAUCUGUGACGAGGGGAAGGGGAAAGUCUGCUGCAACCAGCCCAAAACGUGCUCUCUGAAGAAGCCCCAGGACUUGUGGACACUUUGCAAGUCCCAUCGGGCCAGCCCGGGGAGUUGCCCUGAGCUGCCCCCGGCGCAGAGCGUUCCUCCCGGAGCUCGGCGGCUGAUCGUGAACAAGAACGCGGGGGAGACGCUCCUGCAGCGAGCAGCUCGCCUGGGCUACAAGGACGUGGUGCUGUACUGCCUGCAGAAGAAGAGCAGCGACGUGAACCACCACGACAACGCGGGGUACACGGCCCUGCACGAGGCGUGCGCCCGCGGCUGGAUCGACAUCCUGCACAUCCUGCUCCAGCACGGCGCCAACGUCAACUGCAGCGCCCAGGACGGCACCAGGCCCAUCCAUGAUGCAGUAGCGAAUGACAACCUGGAAACCAUGUGGCUUCUCCUUUCCUAUGGUGCUGAUCCCACUCUGGCCACAUACUCUGGGCAGACAGCAGUGAAGCUGGCCACCAGCGAUGUGAUGAAGCGCUUCCUCUGUGAUUACCUGUCAGACCUGCAGGGCCGCAGUGAUGGGGACCCUCGGACAGCCUGGGAUUUCUACAGCAGCUCCGUGCUCGAGGGGAAGGACAGCAUCGGCUGCGACCUGCUGCUCAACCCUCCAGGGAGCUCAGACCAGGAGGAAGAGGAACAAGAAGCAGAUAACUUCAUGUUUGAGUUCUCAGACAAGCCGCUGCUCCCCAGCUACAACCUCCAAGUGUCCGUGUCCCGGGGGCCCUGCAACUGGUUCCUGUUCUCGGAUGUGCUCAAGCGCCUGAAGCUGUCCUCACGCAUAUUCCAGGCUCGCUUCCCGCACUUCGAGGUGGCCACGCUGCCCCGGGCAGAGUUCCAGCGCCAGGUGUCCCUCAGCCAGGUGCUGGCACAGGAGGAGGUGCCGGCCAGCCCCGAGCUGGCACCGGGCACGGCAGAGACUGUGGAGCUGGUGCACUACGAGCCCGAGCUGCUGCAGCUGCUGGGCUCGGCCGUGGAGUACCAGGCGUGGAGCAGCUGACGGGGACGGGCCACUCCCGGCAUCACGAGGCAAUAAUAAGGACCAAGGGGA